UGGAUGCUGGCAUCUGUGCAGGCGGCGCGAUGGUUCUCCUCGCGUUGUAUUAUAGGCAACGAAAGACGUACACGUAUCCUCCUGGACCGAAGGGACUUCCUGUCAUUGGGAACGUCCUCGACAUGCCGCGGACAAACCCUUGGAUUGCAUUUAGGGAUUGGUCUCGUAAGAUGGACUCCCCCGUGAUUGGGCUGAAUAUGAUGGGAAUGACUAUGGUCGUACUCAAUGAUCUCAAUUCUUCCGUUGAUUUGCUUGAGAAGCGAGGAUCCGUAUACUCGAACCGUCCCCGAUUUCCAAUGAUGGCAGAAGCAUGUGGGCUCGGUUGGGCCUUCCCCUUGACUAACAACAUGGAGGACUGGAAGAUUUGCCGUCGCUAUUUUGAUCCAUUCUUUCGCAAAGCCGGAAUGAUGCGGUAUAGGGAGUCUCAACUGUCCAUGGCUCGCUCACUCCUCACCAGACUGCUAGAUUCCCCUGAGCGGUUUGUGCAUCAUAUCCACUACGUGACAGGGUCUAUGAUUAUCGACAUCGCAUACGGUAUACAUGCUCAACCAGAAGGUGACGAGUUCAUUGGUAUUGCGGAUAGGGCACUCAGGGGGAUUGAAAAAUGCACGAAUAUGAGCAUCAUCGACAUUCUCCCGUGGGUUCAACAUAUUCCGAGUUGGAUACCCGGGAUGUGGUGGAAGAUGAAGGUGGACACUUUGAAGAGUCAGGUCCUGCAAAUGUCUGAUGUUCCGUACGAAUGGGUCAAGGAACAACUCAGCAGAGGUUUGGCAAAACCUUGUGUGGCCACGGAUCUCAUUUCUAGGUUCGAUGACGAGAUGAUCGACACAUCUUGCGAGCAUCGGGAAUAUAUCAUCAAGAGCAUUUCUGGGACGGUGUACGCUGCUGGAUCUGACACGUCCGUUUCCGCCCUCAAUACGCUGUUUCUUGUCAUGGCCUUGUUUCCCGACGUUCAACGUCGAGCACAUGAGGAGAUUGACCGUGUCGUGGGCUCAAACCGUGUGCCUGAACUCUUUGACCAGGAUAAUCUACCUUACAUUACAGCCAUCGUCAAAGAAAUCCUGCGUUGGGCUCCUCCCUUACCGCUGGGGAUGCCACAUUGCGCUACUUCAGCGGAGAUCUACAAUGGGUACUACAUCCCGAAAGGCGCCACAGUUCUCGCGAACUCCUGGGCCAUCCUCCGUGAUCCAGCAGCCUAUUUCAACCCGGACGACUUCAACCCGUCAAGGUUUCUUACACCUGACGGUACAAAAAUUGAUCCCAACGUCCGUGACCCCGAGGCCGUGUUUGGCUUUGGCCGACGCCUGUGUCCCGGCCGCUUCCUUUCGCUCGAGUCAUUAUGGAUAACAACUGCCUGCGUAUUAGCCAUGUUCAAUAUCAAGAGGAAGGUGGACGACGAUGGAGUAUUACUUCCAAUGCCAGAGGAGCUAUUCACUUUAGGCAUCGUCUCGCAUCCUGCGCCGUUUCCCUGCUCCAUUACCCCGAGGUCGGAGGCUAGUGUGAAGCUCAUUCGCGCGGUCGGGGUCACCCAAGAUGCCUGAGUCGCUGUAGACACGGAGAAAUGACAUGUCGUAGGCUAGAACUUCGACGUAUAAGUAUU